CCGUCAGCUGUGUUAGUGUUUGUUGUUCACAGCUUCGCAAGUCGACGUCAUUCAUUGUGUUUGUUGAUUCGUGCUGGUAGUUUAACUGUCUUGUUGUUCUAAGUUAAACAUUUCUUGCUGUCAUAAUUUAUGAUAGUGGUAUAAAAGUCCUACUAAAAAGUUCUACAAGCAAAAUGAACACUGGAGGAGAUGUAAAACCGAACUUGAACUCUCUGCAACAGGCUGAGGGGGACGCAGUGAUGGGACCUCAGCCAUUGUCGGACUUUCUGCAGCAGCUCGAGGACUACGUUCCUACUAUACCUGACGCAGUGACUGCCUCUUAUCUCAACUCUGCAGGUUUUGAUGGCUCCGAUCCCAGAGUUAUCCGUCUCAUUUCUUUGGCGGCUCAGAAAUUUAUCUCGGACAUCGCCAACGAUGCUCUUCAACAUUGCAAGGUCCGCAGCUCCAGCCAGACCAAGAGCAAGGGCAAGGACCGUCGCUACACUCUCACCAUGGAAGACCUCACUCCUGCUCUUGCUGAAUAUGGCAUUCAAGUGCGCAAACCGCACUAUUUUGUUUAAUUUUGUCACUAUGAAUUUCCUUAAUAAAUCCUAUUAUGUAUAUUUAACCUAAUAAAGCUUUUUGUUACAUUUA